AUGACUGACCCUACUCAGACAGCACCAACCAUAUCUCAAGCCUUGGUUCCGUCAUUAACGCCAGCAAAUGUGCACCUCCUUAUACCAGCAUCAGGCAAGGACGAAAAUCUAUGUAAAGCAAUCGUUGGCGCCGCUAUCCUUGGUUACCCAUCACCAAAGGUGCUCAACUGGGGAAAGACUUUCAACGAUGAGCAUCUGGUGUCCGGCGGCUCGCACAUUGCAAAGAUCAGCGGCGUCUCUUCAUAUCUCGAGAGCCUCUCACCGGAGCAAGACGAAGACUUGAUCAUCAUGACGGAUGGCUACGACACUUGGUUCCAGUUGAGACCAGAGACACUCAUCCAACGCUACCUCGACAUCAACCAAAGAGCAAACGAACGCAUCCGCCGCGACUUGGGCAAUCAUGUCGUCAACACCAACAAGAUCGAGCAGAAAAUCGUCUUCUCAGCACAAAAGAGGUGCUGGCCUUGGGCUGCAGACGCCGCACCUUGCUAUGCCGUGCCAAACUCAACUCUUCCCGAGGACAUCUUCGGACCAGACACUGACACAGAUGUCGGUGACCGCAACCCAUACCUCAAGUUCCGCCCUCGCUACCUCAACUCAGGAGUUGUCGUAGGCACAGCAGGCGCCAUGCGUUUGCUCUUCGCCGAAGCUUUAACCCGCGCAAAGAAGGAUCCCAACUUCGGAAGCGAUCAAAACAUCUUCGGCUCUAUCUUUGGCGACCAAGAAGUUUAUCGCGAGGUCGUGCGUCAGAGAGACAUGCCAUGGAUCGAGCGUCAGCACAAUCUGCGCAACGAUGAUCCUCGCCGUGGUCUUAUCCGCGAGCAAGACCUCGAAGCCGUCAGAAACAUGACCCGCAGCAUGGAAUUCGGCAUCGGACUUGACUAUGAAGGCUCCAUCUCUUUACCUACCGUAUUCUCCGAAGACGACACGGAAUGGGUCAAUUUCGACAACCAACCCUGGCUCGAUUUCUUCAACUACAAGCGCAACAUUGACAAGACGGAGAGCAGACUCAUCCUAGCUCAAGACAUUGCAAAGACGGCAGCGCCUCUUUCCAGCAACGGCACCGAUGGCAUCGAAUCCAAAGACUGGUCGCAAGUACCACUCUUCACAAACAUUCCCACUGGCUUCACACCAGCAAUUAUUCACCACAAUGCCCAUCGCGAUGGCAUGAAGAACCUACGCACCAAGGUCUGGGAUCAGAUCUGGUUCCAACCCUAUGCUCGUGUGCUCAUGGACCAAUACAUGGAUACCCCACUCACGGCUCUGGCAGUCGCAGGUGGUAGAGAGUGGAGAAGCAGUGAUGAAUGGAAAGGUGGUGUUAGAGAUGAUGUUGGUCAAUGGUUGCCAUACCAAGAUGUGUGCGAUGGCACGGAAAACGAAAUCUUCAGAGAUGGACAAGGGCCUUGGGUGGCAAGUCGGCAUGUUUGA